UUCGGCAAAAAACUGUAAAUUAAAUAAAAAUAAGUUUAAAAACAUGUUAAAUGAGACUAUAUGCACUUCUUUGUAUUCCAGAUGUCAAGUUUUCAUGGGGAUAUUUUCUAGUAAAAACUGCAUUUUAUUUUGGUAGGGGACAGCCUCAGUGUUUGGUAGUUUCCUGGAGAAGAGUGUAGUACUUAUGUGUGGUUUGACAGGCUGGGCUGUGUGCUGCAGCUGCUGCUGGUCGCUGCUGUCAUCCUGCAGGUGGAAUCUGCGCAGUGAGCUCCAGCAUGAGCACCAGAGAGGACCCGCCGCCUCACUGAGCGGCUGCGCGCAGGACGCUGCAAAUCAGCACCAAUCUGCAGGUUCCACCAGCUGAAGCUCAGAGACACCAGCUACUGGAUGAUGACAGAACAGGAAUCGUGAUGAAGCAGAUGGGAUUGCUGUCAUUACAGCCACAGUGAGGUCUGGUUCUCUCUUUGCGCAGUCCGGUUCGGUGGGAGAAUAGGAUGCAAAACAGCCCCGCAGGAGGGAACCGUCGCACUUUGACAGGAAACCAAACCAAACAAACCACCAGGACGUGAAGAUUUACCCCCCUCCUCACAGCAGCACCAUGGAGGAAAGCAGCGAAAGCAUGCCGGACCUGAAGGAUAUCGAGGUGAAAAUUGGACGGAAGACCCCGGAGGGGCUGCUCAGGUGGAUGCGGGAGGAAGGCUCCUCUCUCCGGGGAGACAAGCUCGCUCAGGACCCGGUGAAGGAGACGGGGAGGAAGAGUCUGGACGAAAAGAUCAGGAGGCUGAAGGUGGAGAUGGCUCACUUGCGCUCAGUGGAUGUGAAGAUUCUGCAGCAGUUACUGGCUGUUCAUGAGGGCAUCGAGGCGGUCAAAUGGUUGAUGGAGGAGCGCAGCACACUAACCAGCCACUGCAGCAGCCUGACCAGCAGCCAGUACAGCCUGGGCGAUGGACCUGACACCUCAUGGAGGGGUUCCUGGAGCAGCCUGCAGGACCCCACCAUCGACAAGCUUGACAACAUCUCCAUUGGCAGCUACUUGGACACCCUGGCGGAUGAAAUGGACGAGUAUUGCCCUUCCAGCUCCGAAUCUGUCAUCUGCUCCACACCACUAGCUUCAGAGAAUGCUGCGGGGAGUUUUGUAACAGGGGGGUCCGGGGCCAAAGUGAAUGGAGUUGAAGCGGGUAAUGGGACUGCAAGUGCAUUUCAGAAAAAUGGCAGAGGACGCGGGGAUAGAAAUGAGGAAGGAGGGAGAGUGGGACCGGAGAAUGGCAACUGUGGUGUCACUUCUAGCAGCUCUCCUCAAGCUAAGUCUGAAAAGCCCAAACAAGACAGUCCAGCCUCAAAGUCUGCAGAGAAGGAUAAAACAACUCGUCUCGUUAAAGACAAUAAGCUAACACAAUCAAUUAAGACAAAUGGCAUCUUGGAGAAGACGCCGACAAAAACCUGCAGUCCGACUCACGCAAGCUUCAGCGACAAACUGGGAACCAACCAGAGCCCCAAACUCAAACCUUACAAAAAUGGAAAUAUUGACUUGGACUCGUGCAAAAUGAAUGGAAAAGUGCACCUGGAGUACGACGCUCACUGGCGUUGGGUGCAGUCGCAAGAAGACGUGACAUUUUUGUAAAAGAGAGUUAAAGCAGAAACCAAAAACGUUUCAGGUUCCUAUCAAAGAGAAGAAGAACUGCUGUGUGAAGCGCACAUUCUAAGACAGACAGCUCGGUCUUUCAUCGGACUGCAACAGCUUGCUGCUAAUAUUGAUGUCAACGUUGAUGCACACUACAGUCAGAAUUCAAAUCAGUUAAAAAUCCUGUCAGAGUUUUCCCCUCAGGGCAUUUUUUGACACACCCUGAUUGUGUUUUUAAUUUUCUUUUCCUGAAAAUCAAGCACAUUGAAAUACUAGAGAGCUGACACAUGAAUGCAGGUUGUUUAAAAUUUAAUUUUCAUUUGAAAAGUUGUCCAACAUGAUCCCUUAAUUCCUCUUAAAAAAUAGUAUAUAUUGCACUUCUAUACAUGAUCCUUUGAUAAUCACUGGCAGGAAUUCCUGAAAUUUCAAAAUGUUUAUGCAAUCAAAUGAAACCUAUUGUCAUUCUCAGUAAGGACUGUGCUCGUGUGAAGGGGAUGAAGUUGCUGCAUGCUUAUCAAACAGACAGGAAGUACACUUUAGAUUUGAAUGCUUACAAAUCUUUACUUUGACCUGCUGGUGGAGUCCCGACACCUAAUUGUUGCGCUGAAGCUCCGCAAACAUCUUUUUUUAUUUUUUUUUAUUUUUAGCAGGUCCAAUUAUUUUUUCUUGCUGAAAUUCCAAAAAAAGAAACCUUGUAGAAAUAUUUAUGAAGCUAUAACAUAAGCAGUUUUAUAGAAAGUAUUAUACGGAAAAGAAAUGUAACCAAUGAAAGUAGAUUUGCAAAUUGUGGAUUUAAAAAGUCUUCUGACCAACAAAAGAACAGCAGGAAGAUAAAACACAAAGACCAAUAAAUGUUUGAAGUAUAAAAAUUGUUAUUUAGCUAAAUGCAAUAUUGUGUAUUCACUGAAUCCGUUUGCAGCUUCUCUGUCUGUCUUGUUGUAUGCAAUUCCUGAAAAUGGCUGGAGAUUUUCCUUCCAUUUGUAAAGUCCUGCUUGACUUUAAUUUCAUACUGAAGUUGUGCCUGAUUAUUAUAAACCUUAAACACCACAAGCCUGACUUUUUCCUUAGAUGUCUGCUCUGCCGUGAUAUUAAUCUGAAUGUUUAGAGUGAAACUGUCAUGUUUGCGUGUAUCGAUGGCCUAGUGUGCAGUUGAAUGUGGACUGACAAGUCUGCUUUUCCAUCUGGGGGUUUGUUGCAUGUGUCUUUUAAGAACUCCAGUGGUUGAUGUGAAAAAAAGGCUGAACCCAGUUGGAGAAAAAAAGCAAUAUUAUUUUAUGACGACUGGCCGGAUCUUUCAGCAAGUGAAGUUUAAUAAUGGUGUAGUUCGAUACCACAGAUAAAGACACGAGUGAGGAAGUCUGCCACUGAGAGUAGAAGGACAGACAAGUCCCAGAGUACUUUAUAUUUAUAUUUAGUUUUAUAUUUCUAAGUCUGAGACAGAUUUUUUUUAAGUUGCUCAGUUUUUGUUUAAAAAAAUCCUAUAUUUUGUUUUUUGCAAGUUCAAAAUUCCCAUACAAUGCACAUGCAAUGAAGGCAUCAUGACAGCACAGGAUAAUGAUAAAUAUAUAUUUCAAUGUUGCAGAGUUUCAGACAGAAUAUUUGAUUUGUUUAUGUGGAUUUUAGUAAAUGUAAACAAUUCCCCUCCAGAAGUUUUUAUGGAACUCUGGACAUGACAUCCAAUUAAAUAAAUAAAUACUUCCCACAAAUUUAAAUGUGUUCACAAAUUGGUUAUGUGCACACAAAAAGGCAUUUCCUAUGCACAAAUAACUAUCUUUUUGGUAAACAAACUAGGGUUUUUGUGCGCACAAAUUAGCAUUUUGUGUGAAUAAAUAAACAUGUUGUCGCUACAACUUUGUGUUUUAUGGCCACAAAAAUAGGGAUUGGUGAUAAUAAAAUACUACUUUGUAUGGAAGUAAUACUAACUUUUAGCCCCAAAAUACCAAUUGGAGAGUAGAAAAUGCUCACUUGUGUCCAAAAAAUGCUAACUUGUACCCACAAAAUACUAAAUUAUAGCUGCAGAAUACUACAUUUUGCACAUAAAAUACUAAUUUUGCACUACAAAAUACUAAUUGGAAUGUGAAAAAUACAAAAUUGUGGCUCCAAAUUACAACAUUUUGCCUAUAAAAUCCUAAUUUGUGCCCACUAAAUGCUAAAGUGUGGCCACAAAAUGCAAUUUUUUGGCUACAAAUGAUAAAUUAUUAUUAUUUUCUGGAUGACAUGUUUAUGGCUUUUUAUUAAAUUAUUUUCUGGUGUUAGAAAUUCAGUAUUUCUUGUUAAGAAAACAACUUAACUUGAGGCAAAGACAAAGAAUGUUGAUUAACAGCCGGCUUAAAGCCUCCUUCAUGCUGUUGUCUUGCUAAAAUAAAGAUACUGUUAGAGCAAUGAGAUCGUGCAGCCUUUUUUUAUUUGUGUUUUAAGUUUAAAGUAGGUUAACACAAAACAGAGUAGAUAGAACAAUAAUAAAUACACUUUCUGUCAGAAUUACACCAAAAAUGCCUCCACAAAUAUUAGAAUAAGUUUAAAGUUGAUUAAAAAAACACUGGACAAUGUAUUUGCUUACAUGAAUACGUAAAAAAUACACUUUUUUGUCUUGGCUGGUGGGAAGUUUCUCUGUCACAGCUAAUGUUAUUGUUGGAGAAUCAUAUUCAGCGUGCAUUGACUCUGCCUGCAUCAAUAAUAAACAAUUCCAAUCUGUCAUUA